UUCUGUCUUCGGAGGGUCACUGCAGAAUCAAUCGUCCGCAACAGAACUCCGAGGGUAACGGAGGCGGCGCCGCUCAAACUCUGUGAGCCCUAGUCCACCUCUCACCGGCCGAGCAGAGGGGCAAAGUAUCUUGAAAUCGAUAGCCCUUAGCGUAAUGUCGCCUCGUCAUCUUCCGGUGUCUCUCUGGCUCCUCGCAGUCGCUCUUUGCGGCAGGCCGAGUGAUGUUGGUGCUCAAGGCUCGAAUAACGACACGACGACCGCAUUCCCAAUGGACACGACCACUCCGGAUGGCGACGAGGACGCGGCUAGGAAUGCUACGUCGAGCGCAGCGCAGCCAUCGGCUCCCAGUCGCCAGCCCUCAUUGCUGUACCGACUUGGUGCCAAGCUAGCCACACGUUCCUGUGUUCCAUUCAGAGACACCAGUGCUGGAAGUGGAGGUGUUUCUGUGGCGGCCAUUACGGGCCUUGUGAGCAACCUCUGCCACAGUUAUGCCAACCGCUAUCAGCAAGCUGACGGUGUGUCCCUGUUCACCGUCGCUGGUAACCCGAACGCCAGCGAUUAUGAGCGGUUGGUGCUCACAACUCAGUACUUCACGGCGGAGUUCGGUGUCCAACUCCAGUACUACAACAAUCAAACUAUCCGCCAGGCGUUGCUGAAAGGCCUGGCGGACGUGCAGUGGGAUGGCUCGACGGCGGCGGACAUGGGCAAGCGCGUGGAUCUGCUGAUCUGCACGGCCCUGUACCCGCCCUGCGAGGUGAUCGACGGCAGGCUGCUCGCGCUGCAAGCGUGCGACUGGUUCUGCGAGGACAUGCGACAGGCCCUGCUGCCGCUAUCGCUGGAGAUGGCCGCAGACGGACGCGAGCUGGAGCAGAGUCGAUACUACAUUCUGCUGUACUCGACAUCGCACAGCUGCAUCGAGGACGAUGCCGUCACCAGCACGUCCCCUCUAGCCCGGGCCAGUGCUGCCAGCGCAUCGCCGCCGCGUUGCCAGAACUGCACGAAAACGGCGUGCGGCCAGACGACCGUGACCGUAAUGGAGCUCGGCUCGGCGCUGUCCAAGUCGCCGCCGGGCCGGCUGUGUUUCAACGCGUCCAACCCGACGCCCUGCCCUGCACCGUUCAUACGCACGGCUGUGUCCGACCACUGGGACUCCACCGUGCAGACGAAUCUCGAUGGAAUCGUGCAGAUUGCGCGAGGCAUGCUACGCGUCAACAGCAGCUUUCUGGUCACCAACGGUAGCUACCUGCCAUGCACGCUCGACUGCGACAUGUCGACGUUGUUCACCCAGUCGGAACGCGACGGUGUCGUACUAACCCUCGGUAUUAUCUGUCUGUUCGUCUUCAUUCUCGGUGUGUUCUCCCUGGGCGCUUUCAUUCUGAAUUGGAAGCGACUGAACAAGUUCCCACAGCGCUUGAUUCUCAUAGUCAAUAUCAAUGUCUUCAUCAGCAUCUUCGGCAUCUGCGGGCAGUUUUUCACGCGCAAUCCGGAGUCGUUCCUGUGCAACGGAGACGGCUCGCGUCGCAACAACGUGCCCGACGGCACAGCGGGUGGCAGCGCGUGUGCGCUCCUCUUCGUCCUCGUCUACUACUUCUCCAUGGUGAGCGUGGCCUGGUGGGUGUGCCUGUCGCACGCCUGGUACCUGACUCUGCCGUGCAUCAAGAUGCCGGACUUUGGGCGCAAGCGCAACCAGCGCUGGGAGAAGUGGUACCACCUGUUCACCUGGCCCACCGUCGCCAUUCUGACAGUGGUGCAGCUGGCCACCCGCGACGUCGGCGGCGUGCACUUCUACGGCCUGUGCUGGAUGGACAACGACCUGGCGCGCUUUGGCUACCUGGUGCUGCCGCUAUGCGUUGCCAGUCUGUUCGGUACCAUCUUCCUGGCGAUGGGCAUGCACAGCUUCUACAAUUCGCGCCAGCUCUGGCGCAUCUCGGCGGUUAACCUCGACAGCAGCCCGGGGGACGGAAAGAAGCAGAAGAAGGUGAAGUUGGCGCGCAAUCAGGUCGAGCGGGCCAUGCGCUCCCUGCUCAUCAAGCUCUGGAUCCUGCUGGUGGCCGUUCUCAUUCACAUGCUGGUGCAGAUCAUAGUCGGCUCCAUCCGCCGUGCCCAUUGGGAAGAGUGGCAGCACCAGGCCGAGCUGCGCCUCACCUGCCUGCUGACCACGUGCAACGACGCCAGCGGAUGCCCGGAGAAUCCCGACGUCAGCGUAGUGCUUCUGGCCAUUCCGCCCGCCGCAUCGGCCACGUAUGCUCUAUCCACUUUCAUCUGGGCGUUGAACAUGGACAAUGUGCGUGCCUGGAAGGGGUUUUUCACCGACAUCUGGAAUGCUAUCGUGAGCAAGAUUUCCAGAAAAGGGUCCCGCCGGGCGUCGUUCGACGUUACCGGAUCUGCGGAGACACUCGACCAGUCCAGAAGUGAAGUGAGCGAAGAAUUCACUUCGCCCAUGAAGAUAGCGCCGUCGACCAUGCCCAAUGUACCGCCAUCAGAUGAGGCACUAUCAGACAGCGCACAUGUACCGGAAGGUAUGGACGCAGUUUAGGCAUAAUACCUCAGUGCAUGCUUCAUUAUUGGAAAUGACCAAUAGGAGUCAAUAGAAAGACCAAGGAACUACAAGUUACGCUAUACUGUCCACUAACACCACCAGUUACUAAACAAUCACCCGAGUCCAGUAGUCUUAAAGUUAAUUAAAAAUUUCCAGUGCCGGGUGCAAACAGUUGAUAGGAAUUACUUCACGCAUGACAUCUAGCAUAAUUAUAUCCAUAGUUUACAGUGCAGAUUAUGAAGGUCACACUUAAAUGCACAUUGGUUAUGCACGGUAAGACGGCACACGUAUGCCGUACAUUACGGAUAGCAAACUCAACCAAUAAGCAUAAUCAUGAGGCCACGGAAACCUUCAGAUCCAUGUCAGGCAGGCGUACAGUCAGUUCUCGUAUCGUUAUUUAAUGUGGAUGUAAAUCAAUAACUAGAUCGCUCAGGACUAUUGGCAGUUUCUCCAAAAAAAUCUAAAAUGUACAUCAUAUUGGUAGUCUAUGGGCUUGCAGCUGAUGAUGGGCAGCCAGAGUCUGCUGGAGGAACUUGAGUCACACUAUCUUGUUUGUUAUACGAUUGCCAAGCUCACAAAUUAUAUUUUCAUGAAUCGAAUUUUAUUGCAAUUAGUUUUACCACUGUCACCACCACUUUUACCACCAUGCACCGCGGCAAUUCCCGCCAAGACUGCGUUUUGUGCUUGAAGCUAUACAGACCAGAACGUGCCAUGCUCAUCCCUGCAAUGUAAAAGUUAUUAUCCUGCUACGGCCGCCUUUUCAAACCGUCUGCGUGAAGUUGAAUUGAAGGCCGAUGAUCGUCAAACCAGUUUUUGCCUUUUGUAGACUGGUUUCCUCAUGUCAUAAUACUCUAUUCAUAUAGUAUUUUCGCUCCUGCUCUUGUAGUAGUUGAGCACUCUCAUAUGGGGUAGUGCCUUUGCUGUUUGCGUUACGCAGAGCUCACUGACUUGUCGGUUUGAGCACUCUGGCAAGGUGCGUUCGGGCCUGGUUUAAAUCUGGCUUUGGAAAUUUUAUUUUCCAUUGCUACCAGGUUGGGCCUCAUUUCCUCUGCCGGUGCUGCGCUGACGAGUCCACAAAGGACGAAACAGUUCUGUCCGCAGAUUGAGUACUCUAUUCAUAUAUAAAUUCGGAUGAUGAGCCCCUUUCACAUGCACAUAAUCACAUAUUAUAUAAAUUAUUUGAUUAUAUUUGAAGUAGCAGAUCAGCUGUGGAAACAUAGCAUUGAAGCUCUAUUCGUGUAUUAAGUACCGUGUGUUGCAUGACCAGUGAAGUAGUCAUCGGCAAUGUUUACAAAAUACAAUGUACUGAUGCUAGCCGCUUGUAUGUUACUCGACACUCAAACGUACAAUGAAGGGAUCACUUGUGAAUGAUUACUA